UUGCGAUGAGGAUUACAGCUCCCACCGCUCACUGGAUUGUCAUUCCCAUUCCUGGAAACUUACACUGAACGAGCACAGGAGAUUUCUGUGGGAGCGUUCCGAUUUAUGACAGAAGGCGUUAGUUGGACUUCUGAAGUUAAUCCGGUUGUUGAUGAGUGUGGAGAUGAAUGGUCGUACCCUGCCGCCGUCAAUACCUGAGGAUGGAGAAGCCUUGGACCAUGUUCAUCACGGAGAGAUGAACGGUUACCACAUGAGGCUUCGGGGCGAUGACGGGGUCGAGGCUGAGGUCCCGGUGUCGAAGUCCCAGAGACGAAAGAGCGAUGUCAAAGUCUAUAAGGAGUUUUGUGAUUUCUAUGCUCGCUUCAACAUGGCCAAUGCUCUGGCCAAUGCCAUGUGCGAGCGCUGCAAGAGUGGCUUUGCCCCGGCCGAGAAGAUAGUGAACAGCAACGGGGAACUUUACCACGAGCAGUGCUUUGUGUGCGCCCAGUGUUUCCAACAGUUCCCAGAAGGACUCUUCUAUGAGUUUGAAGGCAGGAAAUACUGUGAACAUGACUUCCAGAUGCUGUUUGCUCCCUGCUGCCACCAGUGUGGUGAGUUCAUCAUCGGCCGAGUGAUCAAGGCUAUGAACAACAGUUGGCAUCCAGACUGUUUCUGCUGUGAUAUCUGCCAGGCUGUGCUUGCUGAUGUUGGAUUUGUUAAGAAUGCUGGAAGGCACCUGUGUCGUCCAUGCCACAACAGAGAGAAAGCUCGUGGCCUCGGCAAGUACAUCUGUCAGAAGUGUCACGCCAUUAUUGAGGAGCAGCCUCUGCUGUUCAAGAAUGACCCCUACCACCCUGAUCACUUCAACUGCAACAACUGCGGGAAGGAGCUGACUGCUGAUGCCAGAGAGCUGAAGGGGGAGCUCUACUGCCUGCCCUGUCAUGACAAGAUGGGCGUCCCCAUCUGCGGGGCCUGCAGGAGACCCAUCGAGGGCCGCGUGGUUAAUGCCAUGGGCAAGCAGUGGCAUGUGGAGCAUUUUGUGUGUGCUAAGUGUGAGAAACCCUUCCUGGGACACCGUCACUACGAACGCAAGGGCCUGGCCUACUGUGAAACACACUAUAACCAGCUGUUUGGAGACGUUUGCUACCACUGCAAUCGUGUUAUCGAAGGAGAUGUGGUGUCUGCCCUCAACAAGGCUUGGUGUGUUAACUGUUUUGCCUGCUCUACCUGCAACACCAAGCUCACUCUCAAGAACAAGUUUGUGGAGUUUGACAUGAAGCCGGUGUGUAAGAAGUGCUACGAGAAAUUCCCCCUGGAGCUGAAGAAGAGGCUGAAGAAGCUGUCUGAAACUGUUGCACGGAAGUAAACACACAGAUGAGCAACUGGAGGCAGGGAGAAAUACAUGAGAUGCCGGGGUGGCCAUGCAAGUUGCAUUUCCAAAAUUGACAGUCCAGUCCAAGAUAGCAUUUGUGUGUUUUAUAUAAUUGGUAUGUUAAAUUUAGGUCAAUUAUUUCAGUGGAACAAUCCACUUUUUGUCUUUUCGUCUGCAGAGGAUCAUUUCAUGGAGCCUGAAACUGACAGAUGGGGUAACAGAGAGAUUGUUGGUCAGUCAGUUAGUAAGUUUAACAUCAACCUGUUCAGUACCUUUUGGCUCAAAUACUGCACUGUACAUUUUUCACAUGCUUGCCUUAUUUCAUGAUGCAUAUUAAACCUAAACACAGAUGAUGCUGGUGCUGUGUUUCAAAAUGACAUAUGAGCUUUAAGAGAAUAAUAAAAUAUGUGUCGACAGGGAGUUCAACAGUUUGCCAACUUGUCUCAUGAUGUCAAGCCAUUUGUCCUCUGUUUGACUCAUGUUACUGAUACUCUUGUACUGUAUGAUAAUGGAGUAAACCAAGAGAAAGUUCAGAAAGAUACAGUUUUAUUGAAUGUGUAUAUAUUAUAUUUCCUGUUUACCGCCAACAUAUCUAUAUAUUAUUAAUGUGUAUUUCCUUUAAUAUUAUGAAAAUUUGUGUUUAGCUCGGAGAAGGUUGACUUUCUUUUUGCAUCUACAGUUUAUUGACAUCAAACUGUCGCAAACUUAACAGCAAACUUAAUGCUGAUGGACUCAGCCAUCACUUGCCUUGUUAUGUGCUAUGCAUUUUAUGCGUGAAACAAUCUUGUUAUGUAAACUGGUAUUUACACUGAGUUACCAUUUUAUGUUCACUUGUACAAUCUUAUAAUUCAAUACAAAAGAAAUAAAUCCCAAAUUUUAUUGGUCAGUUAUUGUUUUAUCUAGUCUCAUUUACAGUCAAUACAUGAGGGCAACAGAAUAAUCAAAACACUGUUCACUGUAAUGCAGUCCCGUUCAACACCAUAAUUACAUCUUAAAAAUGACUGUAGUGAUGAAGUAACCCCUCGUCACACUGUCAACAACUGAACACAAUAAGCUUAACAGUACAGGAUUUAUUGCACAGCAACUGCUAACCGUGUGUGCGUUCCAACAUGAUGGCUUGUGGCAUGUGCAGAGACCGAAUAUGGGAGUAAUGUUAGAUGUUAGAACAUGUGUCACUGCUGUUUGUAAUCCAGAGAAAGUGAUCCUCUUAGAGAGGUGUACCGGCUUCCUCAGGGCUCAGACCCUAUUAAGAAAGAAAGCCAACUGUUGUGAAUGGGAAAGAAUAAUUUCCGUUCUGAAAGUGUUUCACUUGAGCAGUAUUUAAUCAUAGAAUGCUUAUCUUUCAAAUAGUUUAAUCGAAAAAGACAUUCCACUAUUUUCUGGAAAUACAACCCCAUGUUACUAGUGCAAAUUUCACCACCUAUGCCACAACGUUUCUCAUAUGUCAUGUAGAAGUAAAACUAUCCACUUGACUGUUGUUGUGAAACAGAGUUUCAGCUCCACUAAAAAUAGUCCAGUGGAUAGUUGUAUGUGAUAUCUUACUACCUGGGACACUGAAAUGACUCCACACAGACACUGCUCUUAUACUGUAUUUUAUCUGUGCAGUGCUUGUCAAGAGACAAUGUUUGUUCAUGUGAACACACCGAAGUGCAUGUUCUAGACUUGAAUGGAGAGUUAUUUUUCAUCCUAAGAUAAUUCUGUCACUCAUAUGAAUAAACUUGUAUGUCAAUGCUA